AUGACUCGACCACGCGAAACAGUCAAAGUCCUAUACGACUACGAACUGGCAAACGCUGAGGGAAAAUCGAUAGUCGGCCUCGAAGUAACCUACCCACCCAACAGUACCACCCCUCCCCGUCAACACGCAGGCGCCACUGUGGUAGUGAAUGUCAUCGAAGGCAAACUUCUGAGCGGCAUGAACGGGGAUCCGCCCAAGGUGUACGGAGUGGGGGAAAGCUUCAUGGAGCUGCCCAGGUGUCAUCAUACGGUGGGAGAAAACCCCAGCAGCGAAAGUCGUGCGGUACUUGUUGCCGUCUUCAUCGUGGAUACUGAGGUUUUGACAUCGGGCUACGAUGGGCUUACUGUGCUGGACGAGGGGUAUUGA